AUGAAAGUUUUCGGUCAUCUCGCUCAUUUCUUUUCAUCUUCACCGACACCGACACUCGACGACGACGGCGGCAUCGCCUUUGAAGCUCGGGCGCGGCGGUCGCGUCGCGCCGUCGGCAACUUCAAAGCAUCGCCGCAAGGGCGUCGCGGCUCGCUCGCCCUCUCUCUCUCUUUCGCGCUCAGCAACCACACAUUAUCCGCUCGUACACUUCGCGACGGCCUCAGACAACCGAGUUUCAGCAGGAACCCCAUCACAACGAAGGUUUCUGCGCCUCCUGUACCGAACCGUCUUCACACGUCAUUUCACAAAUCCCCUGGAUCAAAGUCGUCAACAAACAAGCACACACCACGUCCCGCUUCACGAAUAUCGUCGCAGGUGCUAUCGUUCAUCUACGGCAGGCUUGCUGUUGUUCGCUCUCGUUUCUUCUUUUCAUUUGUGUUAUUUUUCUUCCAACGUAAAAAUACGUCACGACCAGGAUGCUAUCCAUCGUACCUUUUUAAUGUCUACCUCUUUUAUUCUGCUGUAAACGCCAACGUCUUCGAAUGUGCUUAA